AUGCAGAACGAGAUCAAUCAAGUUUAUCACGUCGACGGUCUCCUGAAGCACGAACAAAAUCGCGCUUUUGCUGGCCCAAGACGUCCCACAGACGGUCGUGCAGAAUGGACAAGUACAAACGACGGCCAGGACCGAUGGCUUUGUGUGGCCGGUGUGCAGACACGAUUGCUGCUUGAAUGCAAGAAGACGACAGUCUCUUCUGCCCAGCAUAUUGUCGCUUGUUUUGUCUCACACGUCACUGCGCAUCUUCAAGCAAAUACUCCUCCAACUUGUCGGCCUCCUCUUCUGUCCGGCAUGAAGAGGAUUUUUUGGUGGUAUUUUUACUUGUCGCCAGAUAGUCACUUCAUGCCCUACGGUUGGGUCCGGCUUGUGUGUAUGUCGUCAGGACUGCUGGUGACUAUUUUGGAUGUUGUCGGCCCGCAUCUUGUCUGGGCUUGUCUGCUUGUACCCGUCUGUCUGGCUGACCACUCCCCCAAUGAGUCGUUGAUGGUCAACGGAGAUGUACAUUUCUCAGAUGAGCAGUCGGUCACCAAGCCCCAGGCCGUUAGCGCCCAUCUAAGGACGGAUAAAGAGGGUUGCAUUUGCGGUGCCAACAUGACACGAGUUCAGGUCAUGCGCAUCAAGAGAACGCCUGCAGGUCACCGCAACUGCAAACCGAUUCGACAAAGAAACUCGACAAAAAUCGAGUGGCUGCGAGAGGCAAAAAAUAUAUUUCGACUCAUCGACGAGGAUGGUGAUGGAUGGAUCAGCACGAGCCAACUCAAGGCUUUUCUCCUCCGAGAGGGUUUUGGUCCCGCCGAGAUUAAGGUACGCUUACUUCGGUUUUGA